UUAUGAGCGAUCACUUCAAGGACCUUCUCUACGCCGGCACUCUUAUAAACACGACAGAUGGCUUCGUUCCCAUCAAUGUUACAGGGCAUCCCUCCAAGUUCCCGGUAGAUAAGGUACUCCAGGCACAGGAACUGCAGAAAAUCAUGAAUGUCCUGUUGUAUAGGGCCAUGAUGGACCAGAAUACCUAUGAAAUGGACACAAAAGAUGAGAUGUACAACAUGCUUGUGAAAAUGAAGCGAACGAGCCGCAAGACCAAACCUACACUCAUAUAUACGCGCACCGACUACCUCCUCGACAAGGCUCAUAUCCUAAAACAGGUGGAGAUUAACACCAUAGCGGUGUCAUUUGUGGAAUUGAAUACGAGACUCAAUCAGAUACACGCUACGCUGCACGAGAAUGUGUGGUUGCCCGAGAACGUGCCAAAAUUUGUUGAGAUGGUGGCACUAACAAGAAACACCUUCAUCAGGGUGAAUGACUACAGCGAUGUGAUAGCACUGUUGCUCGACGAUAACACCGGCAUUCAGUCCAAGAACUUCUUUGAGAAGAAGAAUUUGAUGUUUGAACUGAAGAAAAAAGGCGUAACAAUGCUGCACGUGACAAUGCAAGACAUCGAGAAAAACGGAAAAUUUGAAAACGAUAGGUUUAUCUAUGCCGGACAGAGCGUGUUUUUCGUGUACCUCAGGCAUUUUUACAACUACGAUCACUACGACAACUGCACCAUGCACCUGCGGACACAAAUCGAAAACUCUGAUGCCAUAACGCUUCCUUCGAUCGAGCUGCAAAUUGUUGGCCUAAAAAUGUUUCAGGUAGUAUUCAAAAACAAGGAUGUCCUUAAAAAGUACCUGAGCGAUACGCAGAUCAGCACCAUCUAUGAGCACUUCGGCGACUUUAAAAGUGCCAAAGACUACGAAACCGGGGAUGAGAAGAUUUAUUUUCUCAAAUGUAUGCGAGAGGGCGGCAACACGAUCAUAACGGAAAAUUUCAAGGAUUACAUCGCUGAACCAGAUAGGUACUUUCUAAUGAAGAAGAUUGACUCGAUAACCGUCCGAAAUAGGUUCUACACAGAAAAUGAGGAUUCUGAUAUGAUCCUAGAGCUUGGUGUUCUGGGUGCAUUUGUGGAAUACGAUGGUGAUAUUCUUCUUGAUGAGCAUUCCGGUUUUAUCUGCAGGAUCAAAAAGAAAGAAUCGAUCGAAUGCGGAGUGACGUGUAAUUAUGGUGGAUUAGACACCAUCUACAAAAAUUAAAGGACUUGUUAUCUGCCA